AUGCCAGACGCCAACCUCGAAAUCUCUCUUCUCAAGCCCGAAGAAGCAGAGCAGUACAUGCGCAUACGACACCAAGUCUUCCGGCCCACCAUCAACAAAAUUCUCUAUGCUCGCCGCGAGCCCUCUGAAAAGACGCUGAACCAAGUGGUCGAAGAUAUCCGCGACGGCAUCCUCAACAAAGGCAUCAUCUACGUCAAAUGCAUCGACAAGACAACCGGCGAGAUGAUCGCUGGCGCCCGCUGGCGCUACGUCAAGCCCAAGCAGGAGGGUGCCAAAGAGCGCACCUGGGAAGAAGUCGACGCUGGGCUAACUAUCCCAGAGCCUUUUGAGGAAAGUGAGCCGGAAAUGUGGAACUCCCUUUUCAAGCUGUUUGCGGCCAAUAAACGAGAGUUACUCGGUACAAGGCCGUACUACGUGCUGGAUACUUUGGUCACGCUGGAUCAGCAUCAGAGAAGAGGAGCAGGUAGCAUGUUGGUGCGUUGGGGUUGCGAGAAAGCUGAUGAAGCGGGGGUCGAAGCGUUUCUUGAGGCGAGUCCCAUGGGCGCACCAGUGUAUGCUCGUCAUGGGUUUGUGCCUGUUAAAGAGGUGGAACUGGACUUGAGGCGGUGGGGUGGGAAGGAGAAGCUGGAUUUUAUUCUUAUGAUCAGGCCGGCCAAACAGGACUCAUCGCCUUGA